UACCGUUAGUUUUCAUCGUCUUCAGCUCGACACAGUGGUGCUGCUGCUGAGCCUCAGCAGUGUGUAUGUGUGUGUGUGUGUGUAUGUGGAUGGCGGACUGUUCCCGGUGAAAAAACACCGACAACCGGCCUCACAAAAAAAUGCCUCAACGCCGCUGAUAAACGGGAGAAACUCGCGGAGGGAGAGCGUCAGGUCGCCGGGCAGCUUCACGGGAACAGACAGGCAGGAUGUUGCAAGUUUUAGCUUGUGGCGCCGUAGUUUUCCCCGGUCUCUUCUUCGCCUUCAGGAGGAUCCUGCCGUGUGUGUUCAAACAUUGGAGCGAUGCCGACGUGGUGCUGGUCAGCGAAAGACUGGUGUCCUCCAUCCAUGCCAUCAUGGCAACCACGGCAGGAGUCAUCGUUGUGUCAUCAUGCCGGGGAAGCGUCAUUAACGACAGGCACUGGCUGGCGACUGCCUUUGUCGUCUGGUAUGGCGUGCCCUACAUGACGUACGACAUCUUCGCCAUGUACCUCAGUCACUUCCACCGCUUCCGAGUCAAAGGGCACGAGGACUACAAGCAGCACUCCCUGAGGACAGUGCACUCGUUCAUCCGCAGAGAGUUCCUGCUGGUGUUGCAUCACAUUGCUCUGCUCACCAUCCUGCUGCCCGUCACACUGUUCUUCAGGAGGGAGCAGGGGGAUUUCUUCAUCGGCUGUUUGUUUUUAACGGAGCUCAGCACACCCUUCGUCUCCCUGGGGAAAAUACUCAUUCAGCUCAGCCUCCAGGAAUGCUGGCUGCACAAGGCCAACGGCGGCAUGGUGCUGCUGACCUUCUUCAUGUGCCGCAUCGCCCUCUUCCCCUACAUGUACUGGGUGUACGGGCAACACUACGGCAUCCCGCUCUACAGCGUCCCCUUCCACCUGCCGCUCCUUACCAACCUGGGCAACUCGUGCAUCCUGGCGCCGCAGGUCUACUGGUUCGUCCUGCUCUGCCGAAAGGGCUACCGUCUUUACAAGCGCAGCCGCAGUCAGGACUCGUCUCCUGUGGCCGCCGUCACUGACAAUUCAAAGGAUGAUUGAAAUCCGAUUUCACGACUGCUCGCUCAAGCCGCACACUCUGCUACUAACGCAACUACUCCUGCAACAGGCACUACUUUGACUUAUCACAUUCGAAAAACCCCCCACCAUCGUACUGUAGUACACCAGGACUGCCUGCUCUCGUCCCACAACUCCUGGGCAUUUUCCGUACACUUUUACUCCUCCGUUUUCAAAUCUGCUGCUGGAGCAGACUUCUCCUCCUCGGAUAAAGUUCUACUACUGAAGUUUGAAGAUUUGUUUUAUUUUUUUUUGUGUUUUUUUUGUUUUUCUGGAUUUGGCUCUUUCCUGGAUCUAUUUGAAGUGCUACUUCAUAUUUAACAUUUACAACACUAAAGAAAAAAGUCAUGUUUGCUUCACUGAGAGUAACAUGUGGAGUAAAAGCUGCAGAACCAGAAGAAGAAGAAGCCUCCACGGAGAGACUUUAUCUUAUCUCUUAACUCCUACUGUGUUUACAGCCUCUGCUGACUCGGAAGGUCUGUUACAGCGUGAGUGUGUGUGAGUGGCUGAUACGACGGGUUGUAUUUAUUUUUCAUGGAUUUGCUGUGACGUAUCGGAUAGUUGCGUUUUCCUCUCCCAUCCAUUCACUAAUCACACUUGACGAGAAGGAUAAGGAAUAGUGGUGGGUGGGGAUGCAAAAAAUGAGGCAGUAUUAGCUGAAAAAAAAUAAUUGUUGCUUCAUCCAUUUCAGAGCUUAAAAAAAACGACAUUUGCUUGCAACCCUGUUAAUGUGAUAGGUUCUGACUUUUUUACCUCCGUUCAUUUUGGUUAUAGUUCUCACUUCAGUUUUUUUUUUUAAAAACUGCAGCAACAAAUCCCGUGUUCCUCACUGCAACCUCCUUCACACUUUUUCUGGCCCUGGUUCAUUUGUAUCCAGUGGCUGAACGUCAAAAUAAGAGUGCUCGCUCUGUACGCAGGAAUCAAUGCUGCACAAAGACUUCAGUUUCUGCUGUCGUUUUGAAUUCAGUUUUGGCAGUAUCUUUGAAUGUUUAUGGCAACGACAGGGGAUUACCUCAACUGCUGGAUCCAUCCCUCAUUUACACAUUCCCCCCCUCCCCCCCGAAAAGCAUGGCAGAAAACACGUGCAUGCCGUAUUUUAUUUUUCUUAAAAAGUUCAGUCAAGACGACGAGGAAACUCCGUAAAAAAAAAAUUGCAGACCAAACUGCUUUGAUUGUCUUAAAAAUGAAAACAUAAAGCCAUGUGAGGAUAACAUAUCUGAUGUGUAUUUGGAUUGAUGUACACCCAAGUGCAUUGAUUGGUGAAAUUCAGCUUUUAAAAUUUUUCCUCUAGACCUGUUUUAUUUUUUUGCAUGUGCGGGUUUUUACCGAGCAGAUUAUAAUGCUACUGAAAAAAAGUUUCAUCUUUUAAAUCCACAAUCUGUUUCAGAAAACUAUCGUCAGAAAUAUUUGGAAACUUGUCAGAAAUGUUCAGAAGCUUCAUUAAAAAAGUUUCAACACUAUCGUCAGUCAUUUUCGGAAAUUUUCAUCAGAAUUUUUUUGAAAAAUGUGUCGGAAAUUUUGUCAAAAAAUCCCUUCAGAAACGUUUGAUCAAAACAUGAUAAGAAAACGUAAUUGGAAAACAUUUUGGAAACUUUCUUCAAAUAAUUUUAAGAAACGUUUGAAGGAAAUUUUCUUAAACUUUCAGCGUCAAAUGUUUUGAAACUUUGGACGUACCUUUUUCACAAACUGUAGUCAGAAAUGUUUUUACACUUUCGGAUAACAUUGUCAAAAAUCUGAAAUUCUCUGAUCUUUCAUCUUAAAUUUCCAGAAACUUUUAUCAAAAAUCUGAAAACUUUGUUGGAAAAGUUGAAAUAGAGUCCCACCCUUUUUCGUUGGUAACUUGGAAAGAGUUGGCCACUGACAGCUUUUGUGUGAUGUGGGGCAGCUCGGGACGACGGUCUUUAAUAGUCACUUACAGUUUAAUGUGGAGUUUGUUUUCACCUGUUAUGGGUCAGCUUGUCCCACCACAGAGGAGUUUAUGUGGACAUGUGGGGGUUAAUGCCCAAUUUGAGACAAACUCAGGGCAGAGGUCAGAGCAAUAAGGUGAGCAGCGACUCAACAGGUCAAAGUUAGAUGAAGGAGUGACACUUCUGAGCCUUUCAGUAUCGUCUUCAUUUAUCAGGAGGGAUUCUUCCUGAAUCCUGGUUUUAUCAAACCGUCUCUCUUUAGAGGCUCCAGAGGUGAACAUGCCCUUCACACAGGGCUGUGUAUAUACUCCAUGUAUCUACAUCAUGUUUUUAUUUUCAUCACAAGAAAAUAGUUUUAAAAUCAUAUAUCUUAAACGUUUGACUUGAGAGGACCAUUUUUUUUGAUGCAUUCACAGUUGCAUAAAGACAUUAGUCUACAAAUCUGUUGCGAGACGAGAGAGGCUUCACUUUGUGGAUCUGGAGAGUUUUAACUUAUUCAUAUCAGAGAAUUAAAAAAGAGACUAUUAUCAUCCUUCUUAACCCUGAUAUUAGUUUAACUCCUCGGAUAAUAUUCACUCAGUCAUUUAAGCUUUAUAAUCGACGUAUCGUGCAUUAAAUGGCCUUUUUUUUAUAUCCUGCAAAUUUAAUCUAUGCAAAAAGAAAAAAAAACAGGUUGUGGUGCAUGUACACACUAUUAAUGUCACGUCAUGUCACCGUAACACGCUCUGUUCAGUUCAGAUACUUUGGGACCGUUUAUUUACACUCAGACUAGAAAAUUCAUCCUCUGAUGUUUUUCUUUUUUUCUUUUUUAAAAUCCUCCGCUUGUCUUUUAAAAUAUACCUCACUGGUGUUUCCACAGCUUGAAGUUGAUUUAAUGCUUAAAAGAAAUAUAAAUAUAUAUCUUUCUGUAUUCACAACUUUUGUAGCAAACAAAGAGACAAGUUUACGACCGCCGCUCCGUCGACACAUUUUUCCGUUUGGACGCUGAUUUUGAUAGAGGUGUCGCUUUUUUCAACAAAUCAAGAAGAAGGUUGAAUCAGAAGGAAUUUAACUCGCUUAGUUGUAAUCCCCACCUUCAGAGUAGAAUAUACUCGACUUUACAAGUUUUGUUUUCAUGUUAGCGUUAAUGUUACCUCUUUCAUAAUAUUUGAGAUGUUGCAUACAGAUCCAGAGCGUUAAAGUGAAUGACUCCAUCUGAUGGUUUCCCCUCAUGAAGGCCAGUUUCUUCUUCUUAGUGUAAAAGUGAGCUCGUGUGACUUUAUCGGGACAGCAGCCACUGUGAAGUGCAGAUCAAUAAGUGCUUUUUGCAUUCUCAAGAAGUCCUGGUUUUGAUCUUCUUCCCUCUCUGAUAUUUACAUGGAACACUUUAAACCUGGUUCUGUAUUUCCUGGUAGACAUGUUUCUGUCAGGAUCCAGGUGUGUCAUUAUCUGUGGGCAGAUGUGACCGGAUCCCUCACCGUUUCAGUCGCUAUGUUCCACACCAAAGGAGAUAGUUUAGAAUCCUGGAGAAGGUGUUUACAUGCUUCAGUGUUCUGGUCUUUAUCGGAGUACUCCAGGUUUCUUGUUCAAGUUUCUCUAAAACCAGGAAAAGAUGUUUACAUCAGGGAUGUGUGCAGCAAGCCGACUAAACGUUCUCUAGUCAGCUCCAGAAUUACUAGUCCUUUAAAAUAAUAAUCAAUAUCUUCAUACAUUGGCCCUCAAUAGAACUGUACCGGGGCUGUAGCCGUACACCGACUGUAGUCCUGGCUAAUGGACUGUCUCUCCUCGCUCUACUGCCUGGAUGUAAACCAGCACAGUAAGCAAACAGCAUCUCAUAGGAGCAUUGUGAUAUGUAGGCUGUGUCAGGUUCAACUGUCUUAUUGGCCAGAUCAGUCACCACAUAAGUGAGUUAAGUUAUCACGUUUAUCACAGGCAUGUCGACGUUCACCAGGCUGGUAAUGUUAGCCUCACCAUGCUAACCAAAUUGACAUCAUCUACAGAGAUGCUGUGAUCGUACUCCUUUCUGAAACAUAGAUCAACAAGACGCUAACUGCAUAAGAAAUGUGACUUCAGUUGUGCUCAAUUUAGAAACUUUUCUAAGUGUUUUCUUACCUUGACACUGAUUGGCUAAUCUAAAUUCAUAUUCCUGUUUAACCAGCUCAUGAAUGAGUCGCUUGGCACGUCCCUAGUUUACAUGAAACGGCACAUAACAGGGGACACUUCCAAACCUGAUCCUAACCAGGAUUAUAGUGAGCAUGUGGAUGCACUUACUGUAAAUGCUGAAAACAAAGUGUACCAGUGACUGAAUCUGAAGUUUUGUAAUAUAACAGCGGUCAUCAUAAGCUAAAGCUCUUUCCAGACAAACUGAGGCGGUUGCAGUGAAUCUUCUGAGAGAGUUUAAUAUUUUUCCAUCCACAUAUAAGAAAAGUUUGCAUACAUAUCAUGCUUAAAGAGAUAAAAACAAGAAGUUACAGCUUGUUUUUGUAACACAAAAUGAAGGCAUUGACCUAUUUAACUCAUCGUGUAUAUGCUGUGAAUUUAACAUUCUGAUAAAUCGUUUGACUUCAAACAUUUACGCUUGUCUCAAAUUUCUAAUAAAGAAAAAAGUGAGCCGUGAUCCGAGGGUUCAUUUGAAUCUCAAACCCACAUUUUCAAGCUUCAAAAAACUGCUGAGAAAGCCCCAGGGUGCCGAUGAUGCAUUGUGGGAUAUGUAGUGUCACUGGUGUGGAAAAGCUGAUGAGUCGUCUUGCUGGUGGACAGACAGACUGUAUGCUGACGAGCAGCGUGAGGAUGAGGGCGGUCGGACGAGCCGAGCAGCUGAAUGAUGGGAUUGUUUGUCGGGCUUGGCUGAGGUCCAGGAGAGUGCAGGCCUCUUGUUGUCCAGUGCUGACCGGGGCCGCUCUGACUGGGAAACAUCCCAGGCUUUUUGUUCUGCUUUCAGUCCAACUUUUUUUUUUUUUUUUUUCACUGUCCUGCUCACCAACCACCAAGACUUCAUCUCCCAUCAGUUUUAUUGACUCAUAUGAUGUCAUGGCCAUCAUUCUUCUACUUACCUCACAGCUCUCUGUUACAGCUGCCACUUAAGUCAGCCAUUUUUGUUUUGUUUCUAAGAUUCCAAGCUGCAGGUCUCGCCGAUAAUCGCCCGUUUAUUUACCAGUGUUUCCUCCCAGCCUCCCUCCCUCCUCUCAUCAUCUCUGCUCGUGUCUUUUCUUGGCUGGUGAACUCUGCAGUGAUGUAAAAACUGCUGAGAGCAGACCAAGCACUCCCUCCUCUCUGCUGCCAUCUGUCGUCAGGAUUAUCUGCUUGUCCACUCAGCACUUUACAUACAGGGCCAGUUGGAAUUAGCAGCACCAGUAUAGGGCAUUUCCUAUUAAGCUGUGCAUGUUUCCUAUGUGGUCUGCUGCCGUCAUAUACAUUUAUUUACAGUUUUUCAGCCACAGUGACCUCACACAACUACACUUAAUACACUAAAACCCUGACCUGAGGGAUUGUUUGAAUGCUCUAAGUUGGAAUUCAUUGGAUGUUUUCAGUGAUACUAAUCAGAUGAAUGAUUGGUUUUCUGAGUAGUUUAAAUCUGACAGCAAUGCCACCUGACGUGUGUUUAUAAAGCUAUCCUUCCUCUCUGACCUUGAGUUGAAGAAGCUGCAUUUACACAAUAAGGUCAAGUUUGCUGAGCGAGUUUGCGAUUUAUAGACGUGCGCCUUUAUUUUGCCUUUGCUAGAAUCAGUUUUUACAUUUUAGGGUUGUCAGGAUACAAAAAUGUUAAACUCUAAUAGGAUACAAGAAAACAUCUAAAAAAAUAUCAUGACCUGUUUCAACACCACAGCAACCAAAAUAGAAGUCUUAGGCACCCAAUAUUUGGUAGUUUUUUGUUUUUAAUUGAUUUACAUCUGUCACACUGUCUGAAUUGCACAAAAACAUCGGCAACAUUUCGGUAUCAAAACUUUGCCGAUGUGUUUCGUACAAGAUGGCGCUCCGUGUCUUUCUCUUGCAGCAGCUUUGGGUUCAAAUUCUACUAAAGUUUCUGAGCUUUUCAACACUAAAAAGUCAUUUUAAAACACACAAUAUGAAAAGGUAUUAAAGUAUUCAACAUUUUGAUAACCUUAAGACAUUUGAAACCUCCCGUUGCCCAUUGCUCUGAUUUUGACAGGUCACUUUGGAGCUAACGAUUCAGAAGAAGAGGGUUUGAAGUUGAUUGCAAAAUUUUAACCGACAUAAAAAGAUAGCAACCAUAACAUUCCUCACUUCCCCUUGGUUUUAUCAUCCAAUGUUCCCAUUCUUUUUUCUUUUGAUCGCAGUAGCUUUUCAUUCAGGCAGUUUUUAAGAGUCCCUCCAGUGAAUAAAAACUGAAAAUAUUUAUUUGUGAGAAUAUGUGUCAAGAAUUCAAAUGUAAUGUCCAGCCCUGCUCCAUUAAACCCAUAAUGACUGAACACACUGGGGUUUGUUUUUGUGAGACAAAACUUUGCUAAACUACCUGCGAGGAAAGAAGAACCUUCAGAGGCUUUUUAAGCAUUAGCCAUUGAACAGCCAAUAAGAGCGCUGAAGUGAUGUUUGCCAAUCUGCAGUUGUUAUAGUAGCAUCAAAUACUUAAAAACAAGAUGGAGGUCGCCAUGGUUGAAACUCUGCGUCAGUUGUGACUUGGGUUUCAAGAUCGUUUUAAGAGUCCCGAAGGAGCUGUGUGAACUUGAACCAAACUUAUGAUCCAUCGUAUUUGUUUGGAUUCAUUUAUUAAGGCCUACAUCGGAGCUGUUCCAGAGGUUAUCAGAUGGUGAUUGCUGGUGAUUUAUCAGUGAGGGCGUUUUAACCUAUUAUUGUACUUUAAGUUCUAAAGGUUCCUCUUGUGCUUUGAGAGUAUCUUCUCCAAAGGAAGAGCUGAAAUCGUUCCCUCAAAAUGGUGUCAGAAGAACUACGAUUGUUCCCAGUUUGUUGAAGAUAAAACUCAAGAAUAGAGUGACGGGGUGGGGCGGGAUCAUCAGACUGUUUUUGAAAGUACAGAAAAAGUUCAGACUGUCCAAAACACGGUACCUCGUUUUUGGUUAAAUCAAAUAAUCAAAUAACAAUGUCAUAUUUUUUUUGGUUUGGCCUAAAGUUAUCCCAGAGCUAAGCUAACCGACCUGACUACAGUUUUCAGUUCUUUGUUCCAUAGUCGCACAAAGACGAUAAACGUUAUUUCCUCAGAGUCCCGAUCACGGCCCCAUGUGGUCAUGUUAGACACAAAGAUCUGAUCCAGAACCUGAGAGCCCCUCAGUAAGAGUUAUAAAAGGCUGAAGGCCAGCAGAGUGCACAUAUCAUUUAUUCUUCAUCACGUGAUCGUUUCUUAAUGUAGAAAGUCUUAAGCUCGUCCUCUUCGCUCAGGGUUUGAUGACGUUUGAUGAAGUUGUUGUAUGAUGAGACUCUGAAGAUGAUUAACAUCGAGUUUGGUAUGCUGAUUCUUUUCUAUACAAUGAUUUUAAAGCAUUUUAUUGUUGAUACUUUAACUUCUAAGGGUUGGUAAACCAAAGACUGUCCGAUAAGUGAAAUGCUGCGAUGUGAAGAGAGAUCCACUUAGAUUUGUUUUACUUUUUUUUUAGAUGCAAUAAUCCACUCUCAUUUAAAAACAAAACUACCCAGUAGUCUUGUUAUGUUUUCAUUGCGUCCCAGAGAGAGACACAUUUUGUUGGAUUUGUGAUGGAUGGAAGGAAGUAAUAAAAACAUUUAACAGCAGUUUAUUUUUUCUGCUAGCACGUACACUAAACGCAGCUUACAGUCGAGGGACAUCUUUCUCUAAUUAAGGCACAUAUUGUGAACACAUAGUCCAAGUCAUGGCUGUGAUUAUAAACUUUACAUGUUACAGAAAAACAUUAACGUUCGAAAAAAAUAUACUGCUUUUCUUGAACUUGUUUGUGAGGCGAGAAUUUGAUGGGAUGUAACGAUACCUUGCAACACAAUUAAAAUCCGAUACGAACAUGAACAAUUUAAAUCGAUGAGAGAAAAAAUAAUUGCAAUACUUUUUUUUGACCAACAGAGGGUGGUAUUUUUCCACAUAUUGAAUUUGAUCUCAUUUCCCUAUGAGAAUGUAAUUAAUUGUGACAAAAACAAACGGAUACAUAGCAUAUCGCGGGUUGAGUGUAUCGUUACAUCCCUAACUUUAACUGUGACUCUCGCUGAAUGGGAACAUGGACACCAAAAUUAGCAUGUGUGUGUAGCAUUAGCAGAGGCCUACACUACAUGCAGCACUUGUCUGCCUCUUGCUUGCACUCAUUUAAAUAGAGCUCGUUCCUUUUAUACUAAUUGGUUGUAGGGUUCAUGCUAACACUUUAUCUUAUAUUGAUGAGUCAUAUCUUGCUUCAAGCUAACACUAAAUAUUAAAUAUGUUGAGUCAUGGUUGACUUUAACUUUAGCAAAUGCCUGCAACAUAUUUACCUCAAGUAGAUAUAGCUUAGUCUCAAUGUUUGAUGCUUAAACUUUAGCCUUUGCUAAGGCUACUUUGGGUGACUGUUCAUCCCAUGCUAAAACUUUAGCAUUAAUGUUUUAGGCUCCAUUCAAAUGCUUGAAGCUAAAGCAUUAGCGCAUAGUACUGCAACAUUCAGACAAUUGCUCAAACUGUUUUUUUGAAUGCGAGUACCCUUCUUGUUAACUCUUCAGGACAUAAAACAAAAUGCUAAGUGGUUGCAGAUUUAAUGCUAACAUUUGCUCCCCUGAGUGCUAGCAAGCGCUAACCAUACACUUUGUACAUUUUAAGUCGUAAUAAAACCCAAGGCAACGCCUCAACAGAAACAAGAGUGGCAAAUGUCGGUGUCCAUGUUCCCUUUAUUGAAUGUCCUGCUUGAGGAAGGCAUGAUUUUUCUUAAGUCAUUUACAUCCAAAGGUAUACAAAAAUAAAAACAAACUGAUGUGCUAGCGCUGUGAAGCUAGCACAUGCAUAGGUCACCCGGUGGUUGCAGUUCUGUGGAUUUAUGAGAUGUGAAUUUUAAGAUUUAUUUUUGGGCUUUUUGCCUUUAUUGAAUAGGACGGUGGAUAGAGUAAGAAACCAGCGAGAGAGUGGGGGGUGAAAUGCGGGAAAGGAGCCACAGGCUGGACUAGAAGCCGGGCUGCCCGCUUGGAGGACUAUAUCUUCCUUACAUGGGGUGUGACCCAGCCGCUAGGCCAUCCACGCCCCUACUUUCUAUGAGUUUGAUGCUUCACACAUAAAUUCAGGGUGGGUCCUGCUUCCUCCAGGUGUCCUUUGACCUGGGAAAGAAAAAAACGUGAUAAAGUCAGAACGGGUUUCUAUAAAUAGUAAUCAUUUGUUUCCUCUGUUAUGAUGUAAAUGUGGAAUUAGGCUCAUGAACCGCACUCAAGUGACUCUAAAAAAACUCGGCUACAAAGGCAGGCGGUGUUUACAGGUUGUGGCCGUAUUUAUCAUCUUCAUUAUCAUCACUUUCCUCAUAUCCUUAAAGAAGAAUGACUGCUUCAGUCACUUUGGUGCCCACAGCGGUCAUUAAUAAACACUUUGAUUUGAUUUCAUUCUUUAUUUUUUUUAAAUAAGUUACUAUGCAUUUACUGUUGGAAUGAGAGAAAAAGUCGUCCUUUGAUUCUGUUGCACUAAGGUCUUCAUGUUAAUAAUCUGUAGUAUUUCAUUUGUUAGCAUUUAAUCUAAAUAUUCAAAUUCUCAAGCAAAUCCCACCAUAUUGUUUUCUUAAUGAAUAUGCAUCAUUUAAGGUUCAAACCCUUUAAAGCAAAGAUAUAUUGUCUUGAUUUGUUGCCGUGUUUUGUUUUCAAUCAUUUUCUUUGUCACAUAGGUGGAUGUGUAUAUUUCUGGAGAUUUUGGAUUUGAAUCUUAACCUGCUGUCCAUAUCACUCGCUGUUCUGCCAUGGGGUGUUUAACUGACGUUAGCGCAGAACCUUUCACAGCCUUUACCACUCGCUGCCCCGCAUUAUUUUUGAUAGCGUUCUAAUUUUUCAUAUAUAAAUAUCAGAUGCAUCUGUCCUUUUUUUGUAGCGUGACCUUUUUAUUUUGAGGAAAUUUCCGAUCUGAAAAGAGAAUGGACUGUUUUACGAAAUAGCUUAAAAACAAUGUUAAUAAAAGAGGAGUUAUGUACUGUAGCUGCAACUUGUGAAUUCAGAGCACCCCUUUAAAAAUUCAAUAAAUUUGAUUUGAUUAGA